AUAGUGUCCAGGGCACCGGCGGCGGGUGCGAGGCCGAAGAGAUGGCGCGGCUGGUAUACCGGUAGGGCAAAAACGGAGGGGCUGAAGAGCGCCCUGGCCCGGCUUCGGCAGAGGACCUCUGGACAGUCCCAUGAGAACAACACAGACACCACCACUCAUCAUCAUGCCCACGUCGGCAGCGACUACUGGACUGGCUGUGGCGACGGCGGCGGGGGCGGCGCCGACGGUGGUGCCGUCGACGUGGUCAGCGGAGGCACCGGCAAGCAGCACCACAGGGUGGCGGUUCUCGUGAGGAAGUCGGCGCCGGGAUCGCCAACACCGUCGUCGACUUCCAGUUACGGCACGGCAUCGCCCGGAAACGAUCUUAUCGCCAGCGCGUCCAGCGCCCUGCGCCGACUCCAUUUCAAGUCCGCCGGCGCCCAACGUAUGCUCAACCGGUCCAAGCAGUCGCAGCAGCAGCCAUCGCCGGUGCCCAAGGUCAAAGUGCUCGGCUCCAGCUCGGUGUCCAUCGAGUCCUCGGCCACGGUCAACACUAGCACCGACUCGUCCGCAGCCACCAUGACCACGGUGACAGAUGACACGGAGAACGAGGACAGCGUCGACAACCCGUUUGAACCGAAAAUGCGUAUUAUUCCGAACCUGCUGGACGAAGUACUCAACGGUGCUCAGUCAUCGUCGUCCGCAGAAAAGGAUGACGAGUUCUACAGUGCCUCCAGCACCGAGGAACAACCUAAAGACGACCCUAAGGCCGUGUUUACCGUCCAGGAUACGGCACCCGAAGAGUACGAGGACAGCGGCAUACCUUUGAUGCAGUACACCACGUUACCGAGUAGUUUCCACCAUCAACAAUACAAUAACAAUAAUAACGAUCAUAAGACCAACAAUAAUUACGGCAAAGGCGGCUAUGGAGAAAACACUAUUGCGGAAGCUGAGAACUUCAAGUUGGCCGAAAGAGAUCGGAACGCAGACGAUGACGCAGACAACACAUUGGAAUGGAGGAACAUCAUGAAGCGACAAGCACUGCUUGAGAACCUUCAUCGAAACACUAUUAUAGCAAAUAAAAGGUUAAAAUUACUUUCGCGAAGAUACGCCAAAAGUCGCUUCGAAGAGGACCGAACUCGCACGGAGAUCGGUCGGAACUCAUCCGGUUUCGCCGCGGAGCAGAUGACCAUCGACAGCGAGGACUCGUUCCAGGUAGACAACGGAUCACCGCCCGUCCCUUCAUCACCGACCGGUGUCCCUUCGUCACCGAAUUGUUACGACGAAUCGUCGCCUACCAAAUCGAAGCAGCAUUUCACGUUUCCGACAGUCAACGAAACAGACGAGCCAGCUGAACCGACCAACAGAAGACUCUCGUCGGCGGCGUACGGUCGGUCGACGCCCAACUGGAACAACAAGGAGCGGAAAGGGUCGGCGGUGCUGCUGGACGCGCUGAUCAUCAACAAGAGCCAAUCGGCCGCGGUGGUCAUGUCGGACACAGGACAGGUGGCCACGAUCGUCGUGCAGCAGCCAUCCCUGUCGGCCAACUCACCGGACCAGGGCCACGAAGGCUGCCAGACCGCGCCCGUCGAACUGCCGAUUGACUUCAACCGGUGGCCGGACUUCGCCAACAGUCUCAGCUCACAACAGUACCACGACUUUCAGAUGAAAUACGGAAGUCCACACCACAGCCGAUCGCAAAGUGUGCGGACACCCGGCAGCAAAAGUACGGUACAGUUACAACUGGGUCCCAAUGGCAUACCUAAAAACCGAUCCAACCAACUUACCUUGCCGCAACAAAGGUCUAGAGUAGCCAGUAUGCCGAACACAGGCGUCGAAGAAGAGUAUUACCGGAUACGUCAGUUUUCAAUCACCGGAAAAGGAAUUAUCAACAGAGGAGAUUCGCUGAAAAGCCGGAGAUCGAAGUCUAACAAUAGCGUAGCAUCCAGUACAUCCAGCACCGAACACUUGACCACGUCGAAUUACACGGUAAUUGGAGUGGGUGGCAUCGUUGGUAGUGGUGGUGGCGGCGGAGGUGGAGGUUCUUAUCCUGGUUCGGCUAGAACCAGUGCCGGCACAUCGUUGGCUUCGUCCAGAGAGUCCAGCUGCGCCAGUUGUCCAGGGAUUACACAACCGUUCCGAAUAGCGAUGUUAGGUGCGACGGGCGUGGGCAAAACGUCACUGGUGUGUCAGUUUAUGACGUCCGAGUCUUUGCACAUUUACGACGCUUCCAUAGACGAAGAUGGAGAAAAGUCAGUCUCUGUAUUAUUGGAUGCAGAAGAAUCGGAGUUGAUAUUUUUAGACAAAUCAAGUGCGCCAGCCGAUUGUAACGACGUAUUUGAAGAGUCUCCGCACGCAUAUUGUAUUAUCUACUCAAGAAAUGAUUGGGACAGCUUCAAACAAGCAGAAGAAUGGUUGCAGGCCCUUUGGAAAGCUGACGUAGUCAGAAAUAAAGCUGUAAUAUUGGUCGGUAACAAAAACGAUAUUGUAAGACCUAAUAUCGUACCUUCAGGAGUUGGUAAACAAAUGGCCACACGGUACGACUGUAAAUUCAUCGAAACGUCAGUAAUCAUCAACUACAACGUAGAUGAAUUACUCGUAGGCAUAUUGACGCAGAUCCGAUUGAAGUUAGAUCAACCACCGGAACAUGGUGUAUCCAGGUCCUCAUCGAUGCGCAAACGCUCCAAGUCACCUUUAGCGAACUGCGGUCCCACAUUCAAAAAAUACCGAGGAUCCCGAACGUCAACCAGCCUCCGGGUGAAGGGAUUGUUGAGCAAAGUGUGGGCCAGAGACUCCAAGUCAAAGUCAUGUGAAAACCUACAUGUACUAUAAAAAAACGAAUACGGAGAAGAAAAUAGUUAUUUUGUAUUGUUUACAUUUGUACUUUUUGUAUUCUGUUUCAAAAAACUCGUUAAAAAUAUUUCCUUUCGCAACCCCGGCGGGACACUUGGUUACCCUUUCUGUACACAAUCUUCCUGCAAUGUGUCAUUUACCUUUUUUAGGAUUUUUUUUUUUUUUCGUGACAUAUACUUUCAUUAUAAUACCGCCGUUGGUCGAAAAACAAAAAUAAAUCCCUACUCACACAAUUUCUAGUUCUGGAUUAAAGUUCAUAUGUACGUUUAAUCAAAAAAUACGAUAUUUAAAAGCUGCUCAUGAAGUUUAUGCUAUUUAUUAUUAAUCGGAUAUUUUCCAGAUACUAAAAAUAAUCAACUACACAAAAGUAAACUUAAAACUAAUUUAUUUAUACAGUAGUCACUAAUGUAUAAAAUUAACUCACAAGAACGAUGGUAACGUACUUAUGUGUAAAUAUAAUAGUAGUUAGAUGAGUAUUUUUGAGAAUUUUUGUCCUCAAUUUGUCAUUUUAUAGGCAAUUUAGUUUUGAGGAAAAAAAUUCUAAAGAUCAUUUUGAUUGUAAUUUGUUGCUAAUUAAUUAAAUAUAUAAUAUAUAUAUAUUAGUGGGAUUAGGUUUAAGUCUUAAAAUAACAUAAAUCUAAGUGCAACUACUACUACGUUGACUGACUGAAGACCAUUUAUCAUAUUACGGUACUUUUUCGGCACUCGGGUAGUAGUUUUCUUAGAUAUUAAUUAAAUAAUAUUAUCAUCUAAUUUUAAAUGGGUUUUGAAUUAUAAUUUAAUUUUUAAACGUUACGCGUUUUUUUAGUUUGUUGUUUUUUCAGUCAUUAUUGUCACGAUAAUGAUGAUGGUUUUAAGGGACCAUUACUGUCAUUAUUAUUGCAAUCGCGUUCGAAAACAUUUUCAUUUUAUAUUUUAUAAAAUGUUGUUAGAACACGUAUGUUGUAUUGCCAGCAGAAUCGGGGACCACGUAAUAUUUUUAGACAGUAGUGUUAUGCAAAUAAACGUUUCAUUACGUGUGUAAGUUAAUUUGCAAAUUAAGGUAGUCCUUUGUAUUUGUAAUAUAUUUCUGUUUGUUCGUUUUCAAACGUACUAACAAUUUUGUACGAGUUUUUACGUUCGCUUGAGUACGCUUAUGCCCUCCUGGAUGUCUUUCUUUUUUUUUUUUGUCUUAUAUAUAAUCCUUAGCCAUAAUAACACGCUAUGGAGGCCAGUAUAAGCUCAAGCUUAACAAAAAUAACAUUUAAAGUCUCAUAAAAACUAUGAAAUGUCUUGGAGUAUUAUUCACAGCUAUUAAGUCUAUAUUUUAAGUAAAAAUAGAUAUUAUAUUUGGUCUUGAAAUAUUGUUUUUUCUUUCCCUUAUACUUGAUUACAUUCAUUUUUUUAAAACCGUUCAAGCAAUUUUAACAACAUUUUUUAUGUAUGGACAAUUAUUUAGACUAUACGUGCUUGUAUAAGUUCUGUAAAAAUAUUACACGUUGUAUCAAUAAAAAAUACAAUUAGUUUAUUUCGUGGGUAAUUAAAUAAUGCUAACAUAAAAUUGAAUUUGAUUUUAAGCCUAUCAAUACAAAAUAAAUAUAUGUUCAAACCAAAAAUAUAUGACUAACCUACUUACAUAAUACAUAUAAUAUUUAUUAAAAACAUUUUUAACUAUAAACAGUAUUUUAAGACCUACAUUUCC